AUGCAAUCUCUCUCUCUUCAGAGAACACCGGGAACACUACCGCCGGAAAAGAUAAACGCCACCACCGGAAAUGAUGAACGUCACCACCACCACGACGGGUCAACACAUCUAGCCUAUACGACCACCGCAACUCAACACCACCACCACCAUCCCCUUGAAAACCUCAUAUCUGAAAAGUAUAAUCGGAAACCACCGCCAUUGCUACCAUUUCUGUGGGAAACCAACGAAACCACCGUCGAUAUAGAUCUAUGUCGUCCUUCAUCUCCACCGUAG